AUGGCCGAUAGUGGUGCCCCCCAGGGUUCAGUUCUGGGACCCAUUUUGUUCCUUAUCUACGUGGACGAUGCCGCAAGAGAUUUAGACUGUGAAGUAGCAAUGUUUGCGGAUGACAUGAAGAUAUGGAGUGUAAUUCGGGGUCUUGCCGAUGAAGACAGACUGCAGAUGAAUCUGAAUCGGUUGGAGGAGUGGUCAAACCGUUGGCUCCUGCGGUUCAACGUUGCCAAAUGUAGCAUACUUUGCCUAGGCAACACAGCCAGAUCCGCCAGCACAAGAGGCUACUUUCUGGGCGGUGCAGCCCUACAAGAGGUCGAAGCCCAAAGGGACUUCGGUGUGCUGACGAGGAGUUCCCUAAAACCAUCCGCCCACUGUUCGAGGGUGGCAAAAACCGCAAUGUCCGUACUGUACGCCAUCAAGCGUGCGUUUAUGGACUUUGACGAAGAAGCUUUCUCUAAGACAUUCGGAACAUUCGUCCGGCCGCAUUUAGAGUACGGCAUACAAGCUUGAGGGCGUGGGCUGCUGUGGAUCAAAACUGCCUCGAAAGAGUCCAGAGGCGAGCCACGAAGAUGGUUAGGGGUCAAAGCUCCUUUCCUUAUGCAACCCGCCUAGUAAAUCUGAACCUCUUUCCUUUGAGUUACAGGCAACUUCGCGGGGAUCUCUUGCAAGCCUUCCGUAUUGUAAAGGGUUUGGAUUGCAGUCUGGCCUUCGAGGACUUUUUCGAAUUUGCUACCACGACCAACCUCCGAGGUCACCCGUUAAAACUGCGCACUCAGCAGGCACGGCUGGAUGUGCGGAAGUUCUCCUUCUCGGUUUGGGUGGUCAAACCAUGGAAUGAGCUUCCCGCAGAUGUUGUGAUGUCACCAUCUAUACAAAGUUUUAAGAAGAAUCUGGACAUAUUUAUGUUCCGAAAUGAGCAAGAGCGAUGA